AUGAUGCAAAAAUUAUGGCAAUUGAAACUGGAUCGGAACGAGUCGAUUCCGAUGGAUUUCUCCACGAAAUGGAUCAACUAUUACGAUGAUCUCAAGUCAGUAGCCGAACUACGCAUACAUCGCAACGUAAUUUCGCACUUAAACUACACUUCAAUUGAGUUACAUGGAUUCUGCGAUGCAUCGGAAGUUGCGUACGGAUGCUGCGUAUAUGUCCGAACGACAGUUGACAAUUGCAAUUACGAGACAAGAUUAUUAUGUUCAAAAUCGAGAGUGGCACCACUCAAAGCAAUAUCAUUACCACGACUCGAACUAUGCAGUGCAUUGUUAUUAGCAGAAUUACAAGAUCGUGUCAUUGGAUCACUAAGAAAAACGUUUGUCGCAAAUAGAGUAAUCCAAAUUCAAGAUUUUACCAAAGGAGCAACUUGGCAGCACGUCAGCACCAAGCACAACCCAGCAGACAUUUUAUCUCCCAAAGAUUUACUGAAACCACACAUAUGGUGGACGGGUCCGCACUUCUUAAGGUCACAUGAAACCACUUGGUCUGAACAAAUUCCAACGCCGAAUUCGUACUGUUUGCGGUUUAUUCACAAUUGCAAACCGCAACAGCAAGGGUACAAGUCUGGACCUCUUCAGCUAGAAGAAGUUCAAGAUGCUACAGUACGAAUACUAAGAGCAUGUCAGCAGGAAGCAUUCUCUGCUGAACUACAAUCAGUAGCUAAGUACGGUCAGGUGGGCACCAAAAGCAAUUUAAAGACGCUAAACCCAUUCCUGCACACUGACCGACUGUUACGGGUCGGUGAACGGCUGACAAAUUCGCACUUGCCAUUUGAACAGCAACACCCAAUAGUAUUGCCCAGCAGUCAUCAAAUUACCACAAUGAUAAUAUAUUAUAAAAACGUUACAAGUGUGUUUUGGUGA